CCAUUGGCGAAAACAAAGUCCCCAACCCCCAAACGCAACAAAAACCAGGUGUAACUUUUUCUCUCGUCUGUCUUACUCUAUAAAACUUUAUUAAAAAAAAAAAAAAAAACCUUUCCUUCUCGCUGUUUUCUCUCUCUGUGAUAGAAGAUCACUGAUUAUCAACCAAAACAAAUCAGCUCGAAACAUCAUACUGAUCAGAGGCCAAGCUUGGUUGAAGAUUAGAGUUGCUUUGCUUUGGUGAUCUUGAAGAAUGCCCCCAUUUGCUCCUGAAGGUGCUUAUGGGAGAUAACUGUUCUUGUGGGCAUCUAAACUUUUAAAUCAAGUGCAAGAGAACAUACUGAUAUGGGCACCAUGCACCGCAGUGGAGUUUUAAAGAAAACAAAUGAUAGUGCGAGGCUCAUUAUAACAACAAUUCUUGGAGUUGUUUUUGGGUUUUUUAUUGGUGUUUCAUUUCCAUCAGUUUCCCUUUACCAGAUUCACUUACCUUCAAGCCUUAGAUCAUCUCUUGAUGUACCCACGUCCAAUGACCAAGAAUUCUUUAUAGUCAGAUCUCCUGAAACAACUGGGGUCAAUGUUCCUAAGAUAUAUGUUCCAACAAAUCCUCGUGGUGCAGAAUUAUUACCUCCAGGAAUUGUUGUUCCAGAAUCUGACCUUUACCUGCGCAGAUUAUGGGGUGAACCUAGUGAGGAUCUGAAGAAGAAACCAAAGUAUUUAGUGACAUUUACAGUUGGUAUUAAUCAGAUGAAUAAUAUUGAUAAAUGUGUUAAAAAGUUUUCUGAGGAUUUCCAAAUUUUACUUUUUCAUUAUGAUGGCCGGACAACUGAAUGGGACCAAUUUGAGUGGUCAAAGAACGCAAUCCAUGUUAGUGUGAGGAAGCAAACGAAAUGGUGGUAUGCAAAAAGGUUUUUGCAUCCAGAUGUUGUUGCUGCUUAUGAAUAUAUUUUCAUCUGGGAUGAAGAUCUGGGAGUGGAACACUUCAAUGCAGAGAGAUACAUGGAACUGGUCAAGAAACAUGGUCUGGAGAUCUCACAACCUGGUUUGGAGCCCAAUAAUGGACUGACAUGGCAGAUGACAAAGAGGAGAGGUGACCAAGAAGUUCACAAGUUGGUUACUGAUGAGAAACCAGGCUGGUGUAGUGAUCCAUAUUUGCCACCAUGUGCUGCUUUUGUGGAAAUUAUGGCGCCUGUAUUUUCUCGGGAAGCUUGGCGAUGUGUAUGGUAUAUGAUUCAGAAUGAUUUGGUGCAUGGAUGGGGAUUGGAUUUUGCCCUCAGAAGAUGUGUUGAGCCUGCACAUGAAAAAAUUGGUGUGGUAGAUUCACAGUGGAUUAUUCAUCAAGUAAUUCCUUCUCUUGGGAGCCAGGGCAUGCCGGAGGAUGGUAAAGCUCCUUGGGAAGGGGUUAGAACAAGGUGCAAAAAUGAGUGGUCUAUGUUUCAGAAUCGUCUCGCGAGUGCAGACAAGGCAUACCUUGCUCAGCUAGGAAAGGGAUAAUUGUUUUAUAUCUUUUUCCCCAACCCCUCCCUCAUUGUCACCCCCAUUUGUACAUGUACCAUCUCACCUGAUGUUUUUUAGGGUUCUGUUUGAGUGACAAUUUUGCUGGAAGAGGCUGGACUCAUUUCCCUUGGCCGCAUUUUUUCUAUCUUAAGAUUUCUACCGUUAUAUUAAGGGAGAGAAAUUUUGUAUCUUGUCUUCCUCGUGAGUUAUUGAUUUUUCUUAUUGCUUCAUGUCAUGUCCUCUAAAGAACAAUGGUGGUGUCUUUCCUCAAAGUUAGCGCAUGAUUGAGUCUUUCUUCAUGUCAUGUCCUCUAUUUUGCUAAACAGGUGCCUCUUAAUUCUCCAAUUAGUUCGAGAAUCCGAAAUUCAUGUCAAAAAAAGAAAACAAGUUACAUACCAACAAUGGACAAAUGGAGUAUGCUAAUCAGUUCUCUAAAGAUUUAUAUAAUUUUUAUGACAAAAGCAUUGGUAGUAACCUUUUUUUCUCUAGCUAGCAUUGCUAAUGUAAAAUUUACUAUGAUUUUUUCCUUUUUGGUAAUAUUAUUAGGGGUAGUAACUUUCACAAAUACCGAACCUUGAUUGACAGAAAAAAAAAAAAAAAGGAAAUUUUCUCCUUACCAACUGGAUUGUAAGGCGUGGAUUUAUCAAUU